CGUUAGUGGCAUUUUGUUUACGUCUCUUCGCGCGUGGCCGGUCGCUUUCGCGCGCAAAAAUUUGCGAUUUAAAGGAUUUUUGAUUUUUGCCGUCGACAUGUACAAUGGGCACGAAUAUUUGUCGUGUAUCAAAAUCCCCGCGACAGUUGCGGCAAAACAAGCCGCAAUGAAGAGUGCGCAGAGGCCCGAGAAGGCAGAGCCGAUGGACUUGGCGGCGGAUCAUCGUGAUUUAAUCUUAACGGCCAAUAAGGUCUUCGGGGAAGGCAAAUGGAGCCAUACCGUUGUCAGCCAGACCUUAGAUUUCGUGGACGUCACUGGUGCCAAAUGCUGCGUUGGCUGCGUCAGUUUCGUCAGGGUCCAGCUUGAGAGUGGAGCGUUUCAUGAGGACAUAGGUUAUCACAGCGCAGAGGAGUCUGCAAAGGGCUUGUCGAUACACAAUGCCAGAGUCGGUUCUGCUGUGAAUGCCUUGAAAAGAGUCCUGCUGUCGUUCGGAGACAGAGUUGAAAGGGAAUUGCAACAGUUGCGGAGACAGAUUAAUCCUGAGCAAGCCGGCGACGUGCGGAGAGGUGUGAGUGAAUCGGACAAGCAGAUUUCGGAGAAAUCAAGCGUUUCAGUUAAAGCGCCCGGUUCUCAUGUACUUCAAACAGAACGUACAAGCGAACCCGAAACAAAUAAGAAUUCAGAUCUCUUAACGACAGAGCCUGCUCCAAUAUCCAUCGUGAACAACAACAAUACAACUGAGGCUAAUCCAUCGUCAUCUGUAAAGACUGAAAGUGCUAAGAUUGUCAGGUCCUUCUCAAAUGACGAAACGAUUUCUACAAUUGAACAGAAGUUAAAGUCAAAAGCAUUGCCUUUAGGCGAGAAACAACGAUUGGAGAGAAAAAGAAAACAACUGGAAAAACAGAUGGAGUUUAAAAGGCGUAUGAUGGAAAAAGAGGGGUUAAUGACUACCGAUGACAACAAACCUAAUCCUAAUGGAGACUUCUUUGGAUAAAACAAAAACCGAAAAACAGAAAAUAACAUUUAUAUAUUUUUACA